AUGUGCCACUUUCAGGUCUCCUCACACACUGCUGGUGUUUUCAAUUUUUGUCAUAGGGUGCUGGCAGAUUACGGGCCUCCUAUAGCUGCUGCCAGGCCCCUAAUCUGCCAUGGGCCCCUAUACCGCCUCCUCAUGCUGCUGCCAGGUCCACAGUCUCUCAUGGGUCCCUGUACGGCCUCCCAUUGCUGCUGUCUCCAUCGCCACACUCUGCCAUGUGCCACUUUCAGGUCUCCUCACACUCCUGCUGGUUUCCAUUUUGUCAUAGGUUGCUGUAUGGCCUCCCAUUGCUGCUGCCUCCACCGCCACACUGUGGCUCCAAACACUGGUUUUGGCCCCGUGACUGGCCAAAUGAGUGAAGUGUGCGGUGAUUCUAAGAUCGACGGCACUCAUCUGCAUGUCAUACUGAGUGACAGUAUUAUUUCUCUUCCCCAGCAGACUCCAAGGGCAUUUAAAUUAAAGGUACAGUGUUCUGCACUAAUAUUA